UGGGGCAAUAAAUAAAAAUGCAUUCGCGCCUCUCUCCAACCGAACCAUCGCAUCAGUAGUUCGGACAGUGUCGUGUUUGUAUCCCCAAUUGCGAUCUAGAUGCGAUCGAGGGUAGAUUAGCUAGUGAAAUUGAAAGUGAAGAUAAGUUUAGUUGUUUGAUUAUUCUACGAGUGAAGUUUUAGAAUUUUGAUUAGAUUAUUGUGGAUAAAAAUGCCUCCAUUACGCUGGGGAAUCGUAAGUGCCGGAACGAUCGCGCAUGAUUUCGUUUGUGCCGUAUCAACGCUACCUGAAUCGGAUCACAAGGUGGUUGCCGUUGCAGCAAGAGGGCUAGAUAAUGCACAGAAGUUUGCAGAUUUACAUGGGAUUGCGGUGUUCCAUGUCGGUUAUGAGGCACUGGCUAGGGAUCACAACGUUGACAUUGUCUACAUUGGCACGGUUAACACAGUUCAUUACGAAGUGGCUAUAAUGAUGUUGGAUGCGGGAAAGCAUAUCCUUUGCGAGAAACCACUUUGCGUAAACGAAGGGCAAUCCAAGGCUCUGUUCGACUAUGCUCGUGAGAAGAAGCUGUUCUGUAUGGAAGCCAUGUGGUCCCGAUUCUUCCCGGCCUACAACCAUCUGCGAGAACGACUCAGAAAGGAAGACCUGGGAGACAUCAAGGAGGUCAAGUCGGAGCUAGGGUUUCCCAUUAGCAAAGUGGAACGGAUCCGUAUGGGUCACCUGGGUGGAGGUACAGUGCUGGAUUUAGGAGUUAACAACAUUCAACUAGCCCUGUGGGUAUUCCAAGAGUUUCCAGACGAGAUCGUGGCCGAGGGAGAGUUGAACGAAGAAAAUAUCGAUACUGAAAUGAAUGUGAAACUUCGAUUUCCCUGUGGAGGAGUUGCUCAGAUGAGGACCAGCGGUGUGAAACAGCUGUCCAACCAAGCAGUAAUAACUGGAACCGAAGGAAAGAUUACGCUCUAUGACUUCUGGUGCCCCAUCGAGCUGACAGAUAUCGAUGGGACGGUGCGAUCUUACCCUCUAGCAAAUUCGAAAAUUGAAUGUAUUCUCAAAAAUAGUGUUGGAUUGCGUUACGAGGCGGAGGAAUGUCGAAAGCGUAUUCUGGCUGGUGACCUGGAGUCACAAGUGAUGUCGCACAAAGAUAGCUUGGACGUGGCCCGCGUUGUGGACAACAUUCGAAAGCAGAUCGGAAUCGAAUAUGCAGAGGAUUUUAUUUUCAAGGCGAAAAGGGACAGCUUAAAAUGAGAGUCAAUAUGUGAUUUGCCAAUUGUUUGUAAUUGUUUGCUUUCAACUCGAAGCUCCUAUGCCAAAAGGUUAAGCAAUGUUAUGAUGCUUUAAAAGGUUUUAAUUAUUAAGGUAUAUGAAAUGCAAUGAUAUUUUUUAUAAUUUUCAGGAGCCAAAAUGUUUUCUUAGAAUAUUGUUACCAAUUAUUUCUGUACCUGUUUGAGUUAUGAUUCUCAUUAUUAAUAAAAAACAUUUUACCUAUAUAACUA